CUCUCAUCUCUUUGGAGCUUGAGCGGGGUAGCCCCUCGGGCGGCUUCGUUCCCCGGCCCGUGCCCUUGGGGUUUCCAGCGCGGCCGCGUUGAUUGUGAUCGCGCCGGGCUUGGUUCCCUCGGCGGCUUCGUAGCUUUUGGCUACAGCUCUACAGGGCUAGGCCGCCUUACUGCCCCGGGGCGGAGCGUGUGAGGGAGCAGGGGUCGCGGCUCCGCGGCUGGGCAGACGAUGCCUGGCCAGAUUUGAAUUGUCGCGAAAGAAAGUGGGCAGCACUCGCUGUGGCGCCUUGUGAGGGAAGGGCCCGGCCAACCAUCGCAAGGCCGAAAACAAGGGCCGGGCUGACGGUGCUCCAGUUCCUUCGCCUCUCUUGCUUUUCGGAAAAAUUACGAAAGCGAUAGUGAUCAGCUUCUUUUUUCUCGCGAUAUUUAUUUGUUUGAGAUUUCGACCUUUCUCAGAGGUGUGCUCCUGCUGCAAAUCUAGACUGGCUUCUUCCUUUUCAUGAGGUUGGGGUCUUUUUUAGGUCCAGCGGGCGCUCAAGGCACUAAAAUAAAACAACCGGUGGGUCUUUACCUCUAACUAUCACCCACGUAGAUAUAUCCCUUCAAGCAAGAUAUUUAUUUGUUUGAGAGUUCUUCUGUCUGUUGUGGAGAGGCGAGAGCCAGUCCAACUUUUUAGGUUUCUAGUAAUAUACUCCAACAUGCUUUCUUCAUCUGGGGCCUUCAUAUUACGAGUAACACAGCUCGGUAGUUCUAGACAGCUUUUCGUCAGGACUCGCAAUAGUCGACCGCAAAUCAAGAUUGGCUACUUAUAAGUGGCUUAGGUCCAGCGACGCUUAAGGCCGUCUUAGAGAGGACUCGCAACCCUCCCUAUGCCGAUUCUGAUGAAUUGACUGUCGUUUCCUUCUGGGGUUUACAGGUGGCUACAGGUUUUUUUGUGGCUGGGAUAGCCAUUAGUAUUUUCCCCCCUCUUUGAACGUGUUUACUUUCUGCUGACCUUGUCGUCCUUUACGUGGUUUAACGCAGUUCUUCAAGUGCCGCAUGAUAUCCAUGUUAGAGUUAGUGGCUCAAGAUGUACUCCUGAAUAAGAAAAAUACUAAUCGCUGUCCCUUAUUUUUUUGACGAGGAAAUGCUACAUCCACUACAGCACCCAGCAUUGAUCAUUGGCUGACUUUUGUGGAGAUCUCUUCCGACCCGCUUCUCAUCUUCUUGCAGCUAAGGAUGUAGAUAAAAACAGCCGGCAGGCUAGCUUUUCCCUUCGUUCAACAUGACCAAGGAUGUAGAUCGAAGACAAUUACGGGACAAGAACUAAUCAGCACUCAUCGUGUAGGCUAAGUGAGGCUUCUACAAGAUGCAACUGACAUUCUAUGUUCAUGCUGUUAAAUGAGUCUCAUAGGUUGAAAGAGAGAGAGACGCGUCGUUUCCGUAUUUUCAUUGUUGUCAGACUAAUUUGUAAACUAGAAGUUUGAGAAAGAUGACUUCUUUGAUGACUGGUCGUUGGAAUUGGGGUUGUAUGACUAGAAGUGAGGCUUAUUCGCGUUCCUGUGAAAGACGGCGUUCGUUCAGUCAGUUAGUUUGUCCAUAUGUUGAUGAUGUCCAUCACCAUUUCGUUAUUAGCGGCGUGCUUCUUCCUAAGUCGGGCAAGCCCCGCGUCUGUCACAGCGAUAGACCCCUUCAUUCUACUCCCUCAGCGCUACCGUGGGUCGAGGCCCAGGCCGAGAAACGAAGCAUCCCGAUAAAAAAGUGCAAUGAAAAUUGUUCCUACGUAAUAGUAAUCGUAAUGUUGAUGUUCGUGCCACCAGGCAGUCUUUCGGGUUACCUUCAAAACGAGAUACUUAAUACUUCCAGCCCUACUCCCUGAAUCCCAUGCGGCUCAACUGGUAUUCUCUGAUUUUGGUCGAUGUUGUCCUCAACGAAUUCGGUUGCGUUUUUCUCCGUGGGAUCGAUACACUAGAGGGUGCAGCUGUGAACAUCAUACAAGUGCUGCCUUUUUGCUAAAAGGGUGCAAGCAGAGAAAUCCUUUUAAGGUCGAAGGGAGUUGUGCUGUGAUCCUUGCACGAACGAAGG